AUGUCCGAUCCCCAGAAUCUCCACUUUGAGACCCUCCAGUUGCACGCCGGCCACGAACCAGACUCAGCAACCAACUCCCGCGCAGUCCCCAUCUACGCCACAACCUCCUACACCUUCAAUGACUCCGCGCACGGCGCCCGACUCUUCGGGCUGAAAGAAUUCGGCAACAUCUACAGCCGAAUCAUGAAUCCGACCGUCGACGUCUUCGAAAAGCGCAUCGCGGCUCUAGAGGGCGGCGUUGCGGCCGUCGCAGCUGCCUCGGGCCAAGCAGCACAGUUCAUGGCGAUUUCGGCGCUCGCGCAUGCGGGCGAUAAUAUCGUUUCCACGAGCAAUUUGUACGGUGGCACAUAUAACCAGUUCAAGGUGCUUUUCCCGCGUCUCGGGAUCACGACGAAGUUUGUUGCUGGUGACAAGCCCGCUGAUAUUGCGGCUGCUAUUGAUGAGAAGACGAAGGCGGUUUAUGUUGAGACUAUUGGGAAUCCCAGGUAUAAUGUUCCGGAUUUUGAGGAGAUCGCGAGGGUUGCGCAUGAGAAGGGGGUUCCGGUUGUUGUCGACAACACCUUCGGCGCAGGUGGCUACUUCGCCCGACCCAUCGACCACGGUGCCGACAUAGUCGUACACAGCGCAACCAAAUGGAUCGGCGGGCACGGUACAACAAUCGGCGGCGUAGUAAUCGACAGCGGCAAAUUCGACUGGGGCGCGCACGGGUCUCGAUUCCCACAAUUCAUCGAGCCAUCCGAGGGGUACCACGGCCUGAAAUUCUGGGAGACGUUCGGCUCAAUUGCGUACGCGAUUCGGGUGCGGGUUGAGAUUCUGCGCGACCUCGGCUCAGCGCUGAACCCGUUCGCGGCGCAGCAGCUGAUUCUGGGACUGGAGACGUUGUCCCUGCGCUCGGAGCGUCAUGCGACUAAUGCCCUUGCGCUUGCGCGGUGGUUGCAGAAGAAUGAGCAUGUUAGCUGGGUUUCGUAUCCGGGUUUGGAGGAUCAUCCGUCGCAUGCUCUUGCGAAGAAAUAUUUACCCCGUGGGUUUGGAGGUGUGCUUUCUUUUGGGGUUAAGGGGGGUGCGGCGGCCGGGAGUCAGGUUGUUGAUGGGUUCAAGUUGAUUUCGAAUUUGGCUAAUGUUGGUGAUUCUAAGACGCUGGCUAUUCAUCCUUGGUCAACGACCCAUGAGCAGCUCUCUGAUAAGGAAAAAGAGGAUUCGGGUGUUACGGAGGAUGGAAUUCGGAUUUCUGUUGGAACGGAGCAUAUUGAUGAUAUAAUUGCUGACUUUGAGCAGUCGUUUAAGGCUUCGAAGGCUGCGGUGCCGGAUCGUACUGCAUAA